AUGGCAAACCGCGUAUUCGCUAGAGAGGCGCCCGAUCCCCUUGAGACAGCACCCAUCAUCGGCUCUUUCGCGAGGGUAGCGCACCAACUGGGCAAGCGCCUGGAAUGUGAAAGCGAGGCGCUUGAACACGAGUCCAUUCAUGAAGAUCCACUAUGGAACAGUCUUACCUUCCACCACUUUGGGUUGAUAAUAUCUGCGACAUUUGGGGCGCUCGCAGUCGCCAUAGCGUUCAUGCUCAUCCUGCGGCAUGCGACGCACUAUCUAAAACCUUACGAACAGAAGCAUAUUAUACGCAUCCUGCUCAUGAUACCGAUAUACGCCGUCGUUUCGUUCUUGAGUUACCUCUACUAUCACAAAGCUGUAUACUUUGAGGUCCUCCGCGAUUGCUACGAAGCAUUUGCAAUUUCUAGCUUCUUCACGCUGAUGUGCCAUUACAUCGCGCCGAAUCUACACGAACAAAAAGAGUACUUUCGGGGCGUGCAGCCGAAAAACUGGGUGUGGCCAGUGACAUGGAUGCAAAAGUGUACAGGCGGUCAGGACAAAGGCUGGCUGCGCAGACCGCGCAGUGGGCUCACCUGGUUCAACGUUGUAUGGCUCAGCAUUUUCCAAUAUUGCUUUAUCCGCCCCUUCUUCACCGUCGUUGCUGUCAUCACCCAACAUUUUGGUCGCUACUGUCAGAGCUCGAAAGAUCCACGAUUCGCCUAUAUAUGGGUGGCGGGGUUCGAAGCCGUCUCUGUCACAAUCGCCAUGUAUUGCUUGAUUCAGUUCUACAUCCAACUGAAAGAGGAUCUCGCGCCUCACAGGCCUUUCAUGAAGGUGCUCUGCAUCAAGCUCGUCAUUUUCUUCUGUUUCUGGCAGAGCUGGAUUAUAUCUCUCUUGACUGCUGAAGGUGGGCCUUUGAAAGCGACCAAGCAGAUUGCCGGACCCGAUCUGAGAAUUGGCAUCCCAUCCAUGUUGACGUGUGUGGAGAUGUCUAUUUUUGCAGUUCUACAUCUGUUCGCGUUCCCUUGGAAGCCAUACGAUCUCGCACGACGUCACGAACCCCUCCCGCAGGCCGGACACGAACAAGUUCCCGAAGUUCCCAAGAAAUACGCUCACGGCCCAGCCCGCGCCCUCAUCUCGACCUUCAAUCCUUGGGACAUAGUCAAAGCUUGUGGACGUGGCUUCCGUUGGCUGUUUGUCGGUGCGCGACACCGCAAGAACGACCCCUCGUAUCAGACAAAGAUGGACCCUCUCACAAAGCAGGAUACGGGUUAUCACAGCGGGCCCACCUUUGCUGGCAACGGAGAGCCGGCAACCGAGUCUGCUUUGGACAAAGAGAUAGGCGUACAACGGUCUGACUCUGACCGUGCAGGCCUUUUAUCUAAUGCACAAGCUAAUCCCACUCUGUCAAGACAGGAGUCGGACCCGUACCACCGCACGAACGACCGAUAUUACGGGAACUCACACGGCCAUCCCCAGGCUGCGACGCCCGGACAGGAAUACGGCGUAGCUUCGCCGAACAUGCAGUCAAACCCAUACUUUGAUCAUCAGGAGACAUCAUAUCAGUCCGCGCCGCAUCAACAGCCGCAACCGACGUACAAUAACAAUCAAAAUUGGGAUAUGUUUGGCGGUGUCAACGGACAGAAUCGGCCCCCGCCCAGACAUCAAGGUCCCAAUGGAUUCAUUUGA